AGUCCCUUGAGGCUGCGCCAGCCACGUUGGCGGGGUGCUGGCACGGGAGGCACCGGGAGCCGGGCGCUGGGUGGCCAAGUCCCGGGGUGCGGGGAGGUCGGCCCACGCCAUGCUUGGGCUCCAGCAGCAGCAGGCCCCAGGUGAGGCCCCCAGUGCCGGCCAGGUGCUGAGUACCCGCGGGCCGGGAGAGGCUGAGCUGGGCUGCACAGGGCCCUCCUAGACACAGGGCACCCAACGCCCACCGGCACCUUUGCUCCUUCCCACCCCUCCCAUGGGCCCAGUGGCACUAGGACCUCUCAGAGCCACCUUUGGGCCUGGCUGUCCCUGUUUGGAGGGUGCCGUCACCGCCUCCUCCAGCUGCUGCCUGGAGCCGGACUCAGCUGUUUAAAAAUAGCUGUGCCAGAGAUGGCUGCACAGUGCUGUUCCGACACGCGCUUCCACCAUGUUCACGGUACCAAUGUCCGCAUCGACCCCUCGCGCACCCAGGCCACGCGGGUGGAGAGCUUUGCCAACGGGCUGUGCUUCAGCCAGGAGCCCCUAGAGCCUGGGCAGAUCUUCCUGGUGGAGAUAGAGGAGAAGGAGCUGGGCUGGUGCGGGCACCUGCGCAUCGGGCUGACGGCCCAUGACCCGCAGAGCCUGGAGGUGGUACCUGAAUACUCGCUCCCAGACCUGGUCAACCUGGGAGACACCUGGGUGUUUGCCAUCACCAGGAACCACAACCGCAUUGCCCUGGACAGGGAGGAGGCGCGGGUGCGGGCCCCUGUGCAGGGCUUCCUCUCGGAGCCCUACCUGCUCAUAGAGCAGGUGCGGAUCCCCCGUGACAAGCUGGUGGGACGCAGCCGGCCCGGAUGCUACAGCCACAUCCUGGAUGACCUGUACAAGAUGAACGUGCUGCCCCCGACCGCCCGGCGGAGCAGGAUUGGUGUGCUCUACACCCCGCAGCCCAACGGCACCGCAGACAUGCACAUCGUUAUCAACGGAGAGGACAUGGGGCCGAGUGCCAGGGGCCUCCCCACCACCCGCCCGCUCUAUGCUGUGGUUGACAUCUUUGCUUCCACCAAGAGUGUCCGCGUCAUCCAGGUGGAAUAUGGCUGUAGUUCCCUCCUUGCAGACCCUCUGCCGGCUGGUCAUCCAGAAGCACGUUGUCCAUCGCCUGGCCAUCGAUGGCCUGGACCUGCCACCACUGCUGAAGAAUUUCUGCAAAUAUGAAUGAGGCCAUGAGGAUACCUCAUCCCACUGGCAGGCACCACACCCCGAGAGCCCCACAGAUGAUCGCAAACAGGCUGGCACGUGAGGGCUGCUGCACCCAGGCGGCCCUUCCACCCACUGCCCCACGAGGCCCCAGGAGCGAACGUGCUCCCCUCCACAGUCCCCUCUCUGGGGUGCCUCACAUGGCCCGUGCCACAGGAUGCCCAGCUGGAAGGACGAGGCCUGAAAGCAUGGGCAAUCCACAUUAAGAGUAGAGCGUGUCAGAGGGACUUUCUUGUGUGUAAAUGGGCACAGUACAAAGAGUAAUAAAGUGCUUCCAAACAGAAAA